AUGGACAGCACAGUACAAGUAUACAACGCUGCGCUACGAGACUUGGACGUCCCAAACCUCGUCACCAUGGCAACAACACACUGCAAAAUGUUGGAAAACAAGGUCCAGGAGUACAACAACACCCACACAGACUCUGGGAAAAAUUACAUCGAGUUUGACAGCGGUCCUUGCGUAGAGUAUGUGUCGUCUGCCCAGGAAUACAUCCAAGUCCGCCAUGACGAAAAGCAGCUCCCGGCAGUGGUCCAGGUUGAGACGGUUCCCGCCACAGCAGGUUUCACGUCCACAGCGGACAUAACACUCUCCAGCAGCAGCAAGGUGGCGCUGUCUGGGUACCCAGUGGAAGUUGAGAUAAGAGACAAAUACAAUGAUGUCAUCAAGUGUGCUGUUCAAGACAAUGAAGACGGCACAUACACUGCUCACUUCAACCCCCAGGUUUCAGGCAUGCACUACGGGUCCGUCAACCCGAUUGACAACAAGACUACAGUACGAGGAAGUCAGUUUGAGUUUGACGUACAGAGCAAUGAUCCUGUCCUUUGGUUUGGCGGAAAAGGAAAAGAACCUGGGCUGUUCAACUUUCCUCGUACCCUCACAGUAGACCUCACAGGGGAUGUUUACGUAGUCGACGAGCUAUGUCGGGUUCAGAUCUUCAACGAACUUGGAACUUUCAAGAGUCACUUCAAACUGGACGGUGAUCUGAAAGAUUACAACGCCGUGGGGGUUGCUGUUUGCAGUUCUGACGACAUGCUCAUCUGUCCUCUGAUGAAGAAAGACCAGCAUCUGGGAGGGUGUGUGAACACGAUCGCAAAACUAACAAAAACGGGAGAACAGGUGAGCAUGGCCACCCAACCCUUCCAGUGUGGGAUGCACCUGGCUAUUAACAGCAAAGAUCAGAUCAUAGUGGCUGACCUGUUUGGAAAGUGUCUCUACAUCCUCUCGGACACCAGCGGGGAACAAAUACAAACAGUCAGCGGAAGAGGAUUAAAAAACUUCCGUGGCCCUAACUGUGUGUGUGUCAUGGAUGACGACAGUAUUGUGGUCUCAGAUACUUCAAACAACUGCAUCCACGUGUUUGAUGAGGUGGGGAACUACCUUUUCAACUUUGGUCAGAAGGGGCACAGAAAGGGGGAGUUCCGGGGGCCCCAGGGGGUGACAGCUGACCAGUGCGGCCAUAUUCUGGUGGCAGACCAGUAUAACAACAGAGUCCAGGUAUUUGACCGCAACGGUCAGUUCGUGUUGUGUAUUGAAAGCACAGGCAGCCCUCUCCACUGGCCCAGGGGGAUAGCAGUGACCAAUGACGGGCAUGUGUAUGUGGCGGACUCUGACCAUCACAUUGUCAAAAAGUUCAAAUACCUUGAGUAA